UGUUAUUGUUGUAUGCUGGGAGAGCGAGAAUCGACAUAAAUAUAUCGCCCUAUUUGGAAGGACUUUCUAAAGGCAGUUUUCUAUCUUCUGGAUAGCUAUGUAACUUAAGUUCUCAAAGGGAUAUUAUUUACGCAGGUUAUUUAUUUCAAAAUGUGGUUUUGUUAGAGUGUAGGAACAUUUUAGUUCUUGUCCAGACGUCGUCUGCUUUUUGGUUAAGUCGGCGACCAACCCAGUUUUGGUUUGGACUCGUCGAUAAGGCCAGUCGGUGAUUUCGACAAAUUUUCAAUAUUUGUAAGUGAUCAUGGACUUGAUGUUUGAAUGGGAAUAUGAAGGGGAUAGGUUUUCAUUCGAGGAUAGUGACAGAUUCGAAGAAGAUUCUCUAUGUUCUUGGGGAAGUGAACCUGAAAGUGUCUGUAAUAAUUGGAGAGGUUGGAAAAGACAAAAUGGAGGACCCAACGUAGGCAUAAACAGGGAACGUCAGGUGACACCUUUGUCUGAAUUAGCAGCCAAAGCUGUAGCAUGUUAUAUACCUUUUGAGGUUGUAGAACACUACCCAGAGCCGAUUCCAGAGCCUAUUCAACUGCGUAUAGCUUUUUGGAGUUUCCCUGAGAGUGAGGAAGAUAUUCGGCUCUAUUCUUGUUUGGCUAAUGGAAGUGCUGAUGAAUUCACAAAAGGUGAACAUCUGUAUAAAAACAAAAGUGUAAAAGACACUUUGCAAAUAGGGUUUCAUUUAAGUGGUACAGUUGUUACUCAAAAUAGUGCUCAAGGUCAGAGUAAAGGAUCCUUCAAUGUAGCCGUUGUAUUUGAUAGACGUAGAAUAUCAUCCUGCACAUGCACCUGUGGCAGUUCAGCAUCAUGGUGUGCUCAUAUCGUGGCCCUUUGCUUGUUCAGAAUACACCAGGCUAGUUCAGUUUGUCUAAGAGCUCCUGUGUCUGAGUCUUUGUCACGUUUGCGUAGAGAUCAGCUUCAAAAAUUUGCUCAAUAUCUUAUAAGUGAAUUACCUCAGCAGAUUCUACCUACAGCACAACAGAUUUUAGAUGAACUGCUGUCUUCUCAAGAAACUGCUAUGAACACAGUUUGUGGUGCACCUGAUCCAACUGCUGGUCCAUCAGCAAGUGAACAAACAUCUUGGUCAUUAGAUGAAUCAACUCUGCAUGCGAACAUCAAGAAAACACUUGUGAAAUUUUGUAUUCCUGCUCCAACAGUAUUCAGUGAUGUGAACUACCUAACUGCCAGUGCUCCCCCAGCAGCAACAGAAUGGCAAAGCUUAUUGCGUCCUUUAAGAGGGAGAGAGCCAGAAGGAAUGUGGAAUUUGCUAUCAAUCGUGAGAGAAAUGUUUCGCAGACAUGACAGUAACUCUGUCCCGUUGCUUGAAAUUCUGACUGAUGAAGUGCUACAGUGUGAGCAGAUUUUGAUAUGGUGGUUCACCACAAAGGUUUCCCCAUCCAAUAAUGCCACAGUUGUUCACUGCAAUAGGAGUGGCAACACUGCUAAUGGGACUCAGAAUGCUGCUUCAAGUUUGUGUGAUGAAAUUGUCACACUGUGGAGACUAGCUGCUCUGAACCCUAAGUUAUCUCCCAACCAACGACAAGACAUGCAUGAGAAAUUCAGAGACUGGCAUAUAAGUACUGUUGAUAAAGUCAAAAAGGCUCGAAAUAAUAACUCAUCUGCAUCUGUAACUAGUGUAAAGAAAUUGGACAUAGAAAUAUUUCCAGGAUUCAAGCCUGCUAUAGAGGCUUGUGGUCUAACUUGGGAUGAUUAUCCCAUCCCUGGUAUAACCUAUUCUGCUAAAGAAGGGUCUAGGUUCUUUUACCAUUUUAGUUCCAACAAAUCUCAUGACAAUGAAGGCAAAAAGCCAUCUCGGGUACAGCCUGUCACUAUAUGCUCACAGGACAUUAUAAGUACUGAUAAUCCUAAUAGAAACAUUGCUCAUUCCCAAAGAUCUCAGGAGUUAGCUGCAGGGCGGACCAUACGACGUGACUCAGGUCAUGAUGGUGCCUUGAGUUCAGGUUCUGAAGGAUUUUGUGAGCCAGAAAGGGGCUUUAGAGAUUCUGACUCAAGUGGUGAUUACAAGGGCAACCAUUCUCGUAGUAAUUCAUUUGAAGAUGUCGAGUCCCCUCAUAGUUUUACUCCUAAAUUGUCCAUUCCUAAUGCUUCACAUAUAUCAAAUAAUUUUAAUGCAAAAAACUCUGUAUCAUUAGCCAGUAAGCAGACCUCUUUAGAAAUUGAUGUAUUUGAUGAAACUUUAGCUGAGCUAGAUGCUGGUGUUGGUGACAUGACACCUAAAAAUUCUCGGAUGUCUUCUAUACUUGGAGCAUGUGCUUUUCCAACAGUUGUCAAGGUAUCAGAUAACACAAGCUCUAUUCUUUUAUCGUCUGUGCACCAUGGUAUUAAGGGGACCUCAGCAUUGCCCUCCCAUAUAACUGCAGUGGAGCAAGCUGGAGAAUCUAUUAUAAAGCAAAGUCAAGGUGAAAUAUUUGAGGGUGGAGAUGAGUACCAGUUGUAUUUUUAUGACACUAAGUUUAAAGCAAAUGAUUCAAAGAAGAAAGACAAAGGUGAUGACGCCAAUGUGUUUGCUGGUUUAAAAAAUGCUGAGACCACUCAAGAUAUUCUUUUUGCUAGAGCUGAAGCAUUACAUGCACAUGGUCACACUAAAGAAGCUUGUCGACUGGCUAGAAGACUUGCAGAGGAAAUGCUGGACAAUCCCCCUGACCUUCUUGCUGAGUCAGCAAGUGCUCCAUCACCAAAAGCUAAGAAAAAGAGAGCUUUAACCAAUAUUAGCAUGCUUGCUAGUGCACUUCUAUCCAAGGCCUCUUUCCUGAGCAGUGUACUUUGUGAAGAUGAGGAAUGUCAUCACUUGGCUUUUCAAAUAGGCAUGUUUGGUCUAGAGUUGGCAAGACCUCCGGCUUCAAAUAAAGCGAUAGAGGUUAAGUUGGCACACCAAGAAUCUGAGCUGCUUCAGUUGUUAAAGAAGAUUCCUUUAGGCCCACAAGAAAUGUUAGAGAUCAGAAACAAAGCAGAACAGCUUCGAGAUGGAACAUUAAAGUCCAGAGGAGAAGCUUUAUUGCCUCUUAGUUUAGCAACAUUUAUAUUUGACACCUUAUGCAUCCCUGCCAAUGUAAUAUACACAGCUGAUGAGAAACUGGGAUUUGAAGCAGCUGUAACGGCACUAGGUAUGAAAGCCAACAUUGCUGAAGCAGAUCACCCACUACUGUGUGAAAGCACCAGAAGACAGAGAGGAGAGCUGGCAAUUUCUAUGCUUGUUCACUACAAAGAUGAUCAAGUCAGGCUGAGUAGGAUAAUGGACAAGCUUCUUGACAAAGAGGUUCACCAACAGUACAAGGCACCAAGUUUAAUAAAUUAUCUCUCUGGGCAUAAGCAACCAGCCUCAUCUCACACUGGCCAGGGUUCUGCUAAUGGUAGUCACCACAGAGAUGGCAACAGUACAACUGGUCAUAGGACACACUGCAACAGAGGAGACUUUGAAAAGCUAUUUGUUCCAGAAAGAGGGAUAUCUGGUGGCUCUGCAACAGAUCACACAGAGAGAGGUACAUGGCGCAAUACAGACGAACGACCCGAUUCAGGAACAAGUACUGACAAUGCAUCAACUCCAGUGGCUGCUUCUGCUAAUUCAACUCCUAAUGGAGGUGCCCGACCCAAGACUACCUUCUCUCUUAGAUAUACUAGUGGACGAGAUACAGAUAGUUCAGCAAUGGAAGAAGAGGAUGAUUUGAAAGCAUUAGAAGCUAAGAUAAGAUGUAUGGGCAUGAAGAAGAAACCAUCGCAAGGAAUGGCAAGUAUUGACAGCAGUGCUCCAGAGACCACUUCCAGUGACAAUUCACCAACACUUGUGAGGAGAAACUUUAGCAAACAUCAAGGUCCAGGAAGUGACAGUGGCAGCAGUGGUGAAAGUGACUCCCUGGGUUCCAGUAGUAGUGGUGACAAAGGAAACAGAGCCAUCCCGAGGGAUAAUGAAAGUCCACCAAGUCCAUAUUUAAAUCGUAUGCUGCUGCCCCAAGGAUUGAUAGACUCAAGAAAUCCAGUAGGUGGUAAAACAUUAAGGUACAAGGGUAGACAAAGAGUAAUGCCAACUAUUCCUAACCAGCCAAGUGAGGCUGGCUAUCAUUUUAUGUUUGAGUUGGCCAAAACGGUGCUACAGAAGGCAGGUGGCACAUCUUCUACUUCUCUAUUCACUCAACCCAGUAGUAAUACCAGCCAUGCAGGGCCUCAUAGAAAUCUGCACUUGUGUGCCUUCCAAAUAGGGUUAUAUGCAUUAGGACUUAGCAACUGUGUAUCACCCAACUGGCUCUCUAGGACUUACUCAUCUCAUGUGUCAUGGAUAACAGGACAAGCUACUGAGAUUGGAAGUGCUGCCAUUCGAAUGAUAAUUGACACAUGGGAAGGCCACCUUACACCUCCAGAAGCUGCAUCUCUAGCUGAUAGAGCCUCACGAGGGCGUGACCCAAACAUGGUCAGAGUUGCUGCUGAGCUGGCCUUGUCCUGUUUGCCCCAUGCACAUGCCCUCAACCCAUCUGAGGUUCAGAGAGCUCUGUAUCAGUGUAAAGAGCAGAGCAGAGAUAUGUUGGAAAAAGCUUGUCUUGCUGUUGAAACAGCUGCUGAAGGAGGAGGUGUUUUCCCAGAGGUACUUUUUGAUGUAGCUCAUCACUGGUAUGAGCUAUCAGAAGAAGCUAGUCAUAAUUCACCAGAUUCAAUGGAUGGCAGUGACUCUAGCAGUCAUACACUCAGAGCCAGAAGAGAAUCUGGCAGUCCAGCUUCUAUAGAUCCUGGGUCUUCCAGGUUUGUAUGUGAUCGAGCCAGUCCUAAUACAGGCAGCACAAUGGUUCAUUUUCCUGUUGUUCCUGUUCCACUUCACAACAGCCAGUCUCCUCCACACACACAUACACAACAGCAAAUUGUUUCUCCUGUCUGCUCAUCCCCACAAAUGAUGCAAACUGGUUCUCCUCAUAUGCCCCCUCAAACAGUGGUGUUGGUGCCUGGCCCCAACCCCCCUCCUCCUCAACUCGGAGGGCACUAUAUACAGCCAUAUAGUUUUAUACAACAAGUCCCCACAGGAACACCCCCUCCACCAACACCAUUUUCACACCAUCACUUCACACACACACCACCACACCAUGCCCUUCACAAUCAUGGGCUUCACCCACACACAUACGUAGCUUCAUAUACUUACCCUGGGCAGCCUCCUUUCACCAGUCUCCCACCCAAUAUAUACCAUGCUGGGAGUGCGCCCCACUUGCGUACCUCCCUUCCACCAAACGUUCAGGUAUUUAGCACCCAACCUCAUCCUGCCAUGCACCCUAUGCAUCCUGUUGAAGUAGUGACGACAACUCCCCCAACAGGCAGUCCCACCCCUGUCCUCAAUACAGCUGUGGCUGUUCCCCAAGUACAGCCCAAUGCCCACAACCAGAUGCAGUGGAACUACUUGAUGGCAGCAUUCCGCACAGGCAUGCUUGCAAUGGAAACACUCUCACGUAAAGUUCAUGAUGAUAGACCACAAACAAAGUAUGCUAGAAAUCCUCCAUAUGGUGAAGAUGUCAAAUGGUUGCUGAGUGUUGCAAUAAAACUAGGCACAACAUUCCUCCAACAGUUUUGUGCAAGUGCAGUAAAUGCAGUUGUCAGUCCAUUUAUUCUCUAUGAUUUGGCAAUGGAAGCAGCUAGAUUUUUAGCUCGAAAUAACUUAACCCAUGUUCCCACACAUUUGAGGUCAAAUAUAUUGAACUCCUUGUUCCAAAAGUGUUUGCAAAUGUUUAUUCAGUGUGCUCAUCAGAGAAUUCACCACAUCAAUAAUGCAGAUUAUGAUGAGUUUGUCAGCAUUGUUUGUAAUGCACGCAAUGCAUUUUAUCUGGCACCAGGUGGAAUUGUCCAGUUCAACGAACUCCUCCAGAGUCUACGUAGGUCCAAAUCCUGCCGCAAGGAAUUGUGGCAGCGUAUUGUCAAUGGCCUGGCCAGCGGAACUGUAUGAUGGUACUUUUUUUAGAGUUCCAAUUACAGUGACCCUUUAUAUAUUUUUUUCCAUACUUAUUUAUUCCUAAAAGGUUAAUGUGCCCUUAUAGACUAUUUAUUUGAAAAAGAAACCUAAAGAUUAAAAUGUAUGUUCUGAAUGAUCAUGACAUUGAACUUCACUUUAACACAUACAACUAUUGAUGUGACUUAGCUGAGCAAAAUUUGUGGUCUAAUUUCUUAACUUAUUAAACAACUACCUGCAGUUUUUGUUCUUCACCAAUGAUGACCAUAACACAAUGUUGUGAGUGGAAGAAAUGUCUACUUUUGUUUGAUGAACUCUUAGUAUUGAAACACUAAUGAACCUAAAAUCUUGCUCAGCUAAAUCAUUUGUUAUAUUUAAUUACACUUUGAAGUGUACAAUUAGUGGCCAUAAAUUUUUAUUAUUAUUAUUCUAUUGAAACUUGUUGUUUUCUUUUUUUGUCCAUAGCAUUUUUAAUUUAUUCUCUUCUUUAAAAAAAUUUUUUCCAACAUGGAAACCUUUAACAAAAUGUUUCAACAUGAUACUAUGUUUUUUUUCUGACAAUAGAAAGUCAUUCACAUUUAGUGUUGACUUCAUCUAUAAGAUGUUAUGCAUAUUGGUUUGUGAGGAUUGUUAAGCUAAAACUUGGCUAUGCCAUUCAGCAGUUUUAACAUGUACAUGCUUCAUCUUUUUAAGAUAUUAAUCAUAAUAGUCUAUUCACAGACAUAUACAUUUUGCUCACACAGAUAGAGUACAUUAAAUAUCUUCUGUAAAAUACAUUUUAAUUUAUUGGAGAAGAAUAGCUUUAAUAUUCAUCCUUUCCCAAAGCCUCCUUUACAGAAGUCCUCCUCCCCAGCACUCCCUCCAUACAUUGAUAUGCUAUCCCUCAACCAACAUCAGACACAUGGACACAAGCAAGCAGUGGUUGUAAACAAAGUAUUGAUAACCAUGCAUGCUGUGAACACAUCCAGUAAAUGUAUACAGUAGCGAAACUUACUUGUUUUGUGUGUAGUAGUUCUGUAGUGUGUGGGUUGAUUUCUCCCUCCUCUCUAUGUACUCUGUGUUUGACACCUAAUGACAUUAUGUUGAGUUGAACUCCUAGCCUUAGAAGUUACUGGUGUGUAAUGUGUACAUGUUUUUUUAAAUUAUUAUUACAUUUUUUUUUAAAGUUUUCACUUUUUUUUUUAAUCUAUCACCAUUUAUAUUAAUGCUUCUUGUUAUAUCUACAUAAAUAUAUAUAUAUUUAUUAUGUUCUUUCCCACACUUUGUGUGUACACAGUUUGGCCCAUCAUCUAGUUUACUUAAGUUCUUAUUUAUUCUGAAAAGUUAUGUUUCUUUACCUAUUUAAACAAUUAAUGUCAGUGUUCCCCGUGAUAUUUUAAACAACUAAAAUGGAAAGUUAUGUAGUUUUGUUUCCCUGACUUCUAGUCUGCUUUUGAAACAUUUUAAUUGUAGUCUCUGUUUUAAUCCGUUUUUAUUUCUACAAAGUUUGACAGCAUUUUUAACUUAAUGUCUGAAACUUUAUAUUAUUUUAUUUUUAAUUACAUUUCUGUUUUGCUAGUUGAUCAGAAUCAGAAAGAAUAAGUCAGCUAGCUCAGAUAAAAUAUAAGGUUCAUUGUUUGUUCAUCCCUGCAAAACUUCAAUAUUGAACAAGUGAUCAAUUGCAAAACAACCACUUUUUAAAAAAUCAAGCUGUUAUUUUCUAUAACUAUUUCUUAUAAGUACAUAAUCUUUUUAAUGGACACUAUAAAGAUUGCCAUGAUUGAUUUGAAUUAGAGACUUGCUGCAUGUAAAAAAAUUACCCAACAAGAUAUAUUCAUAUGCUUUAAUUACUGGUAGCAAUUCUCUAUGUGGAACACUAGUUAAAAGUAAAUUCGGAUAUUUUUUAUAUAUUUAUUGAAAAUUUGUUAAUUUUAUUAUGUAAUUUAAUUAGUAGUUACUGUUUAAUUCAGACAUUAACUAUUAACAAGUUUUAUUUUACAUUUUUAAUAUGUAGAAAGAUCAGCUUAGACUUCUAGAGGUAUUUCCUUUCUUUUGUUCGGACUCCUGUAUCCUAUAAACAUGCUCAAGAUGUUAUUAAACUAAUGACAUCUCUACCUCAUCAAUGUGGAGAAAUAACAUUGGCUUCUUUAAACUGCAUGACUGAUAUAGACAUGUGUACACUUUUCAAACUCACACUAUUUAGGUUAUUAGAUAAACCUAUGUAUGUGUGUCUUUAAUAAACUUGUGUGUGUGACUAGAUAGUAUUUAUAAACAUUGAAAUUAAACUAGAUGCAAAUGAUGUUAACAAAAGGAGAGAGCUGUCAUAACUGUACAUUUCUAACAUAGAGUUUAAUAGCACUAUGAGAUAUGUGUAAACAUGUGUCCAAGAACCCAUACUAUAUGAGUGUUGAGCACAUUGCUUUAAAUAGCAGCAAAUGUCUACAGCAGGUUUAGAAGUUUCAGAGAUACAAACAUUUCAGUUGUAGGACGCUUUAAUCAGUUCAGUGCUAUUUUUGUUUUAUUAUUAUUAGGUGAGAUUUCCAAAGAGAACAAAGAAUUAGAAAAAUCUUGAUUAUAUUUAUGAAAUGUAUUUGUUGUCAUUUCUUUGAAGAUGUACAUUUUGAUUCAAAGAAUGCUAAUAAUGUAAGCUACAGUAAAGAAACAAAGAGUACAAUUUAUCACUUUUUCACUGACCAAAUCUUUAUUGCUUUGAUAUGAUUUUAGAUGUACGCUUAAAACAACAAAUAUAACAUUUUAUUCUGUUACUCAGUAAAUGAGAUGAUUAUUGCAAUAGCCUCUCUACCAAACUACCUUCUCAAAAUUGUUUUAAUGUAUUACAGUUUAGAAAUAUAGUCAUGAAUGGACUGAAUGAAUGCUCACUUAGAAAAUACCAGGAAAAUGUUGAUUCUCAGAUCAUUGGUUACCUACUUUCUACCAUUCUAUUUUCUUUUCUAUAAUUAUAGACUUGUACAAAACCAAAAAUAAAUAACUUGUAUAUAUUUUUAAAUGCUUGUAAAAUAAUAAUUAUCAAUUCAAUUCCAAUGAAAAUAUGGUUCUAACUGUAGAGCAAUUUCAAACUUUCCCUUUAAAGUUCUAUAUAAUUUGUGAGAAGAUGAAAUGUUUGUACCCAUCACAAUGUGUUACAUACUUAUCCUAUACUAUUUUUACUUUACACUUACAUACAUUAUGUAUUUAUGAAUAAACCAAUGAAUGGAAUUUAUUAGUUUAUGCAUAUGAAAUAGGGCUAGUAUAUUUUCUAAUAGAUCAUUUUUUUUGCAUUCAAUGAAUCCCCAUCAUCACUGCAACAGGCAAUGUUCAUUUGUUUGUUUAAUAUCAUCCCAUUCAACAUUCGAAUAGUUUUUAUCUAGAAAAAGUAUUUGCUCCUGUCUUGUAAUGACGUUUUUGAACUGUUUAACAAUUUCAAUCUGUUGUGUUAUUUAUAUAUAUGCCCCCUACCUUUUAUUUUGUGUUUUAUGCUAACAAAUUUUUAGAGAAAUGGCAAUUCUACAGAUUUUGUAAAAUAAAACAAUGCCCUUGAGAUUUUUAUUACAUUGAGUCUAAACUGGAGUGCUAAAAUACUUUCUGUUUUGAUGGUUGUGAAGAGACUCUAAGUUGAAGUAUUAGCUCAUAAUAUCUUGUUAACAUCAUUCAUCCAGUUACUUUUUACCUUCAUCCAGCUUUUCAAUUGUAUUUUCACACUUCAUACAUUAGUUUAACAUUCUGCUAUCCAGUAUUGCUGUGACUUGUUACAGCUACAACUGUCCAUGUCAGUGCUGACAAUAUCUGUAGAAUUGACCAUUGUUUUUAUAUGUUUAAGUAUGUUGAAUCUGGUCACUAGUUCCACACAAACACACAUUUGUAUGAAUGUACUAUUUGAAUGUUGAAAUGUUUUUUUGCCAUAUAUUUAUUAAUUCUUUUGAUUGCUUGACAUUUCUUGUACCAGCUGUAAUCCAUUUUAUCUAUCUUACCUGGAUCUCAUAUGAAAAGCUUCAAUAAUAAAAAAAUAUGAAUUUUUUUUUUACUUAAACAAUGAAUAAUUAUAACAGCAAUUUAAGACCACUUUUUGCUAUUGUAUAUGUACUCAAGCUAAAUCACUUAUCUUGACAAAUCUUUUCAAAUUUCAUUAGGUAAUAGUUUAAGUGUAGUUUGCUGAAAUAUCUCAGAAAGAAAUGUUCUUUUUUUUUAGAAUGGUCUUUUUUUUUCCAUAGUGUCAUCAUUUACUUAUGAAAAAACAACAACAUAUGUACAUAUUUCUCAUGGAAGCAUUGUAAAAUGUUCAGAUUUGAACUCCCUUCAAUUGUGAGUUUUUGACAAACACAAGAAUAAAACUUCACUUAAACUAUGUAUACAUUUAACAAAGAAUAUAUUUUAAUGUUCUAUGGUGUUGAAUUUUACAAAAGCUAAAGAGGAAUAUUGCUGUGGAUCUUUAAAAUGAUAACAUUUAUUUAACUCCUAAUAUCAUUGUCUCGUGUGCAAGGUUUCAUAAUUGUUCAUUCAUAUUCUAUCAUCAUAACAUUCUUAGUGUUAAAGAGAAAGCAUUGAAAAAAAAUCUUGUUCACACAUACCAGUUUAUUCUUGUUAAGGCAAAACAAAAGCCUAUAAAUUAUGCCAUACCUUUUUUUUUUUACAUACAAUUUUAAAUUAUUAUCUUUGUUUUUUUCAAAGUAAAAUUUUUUUUAAUGUUGUGUUUUAUUUAUUUAUUUUAAUUUUGUUAAAUUGAAAUGCUCUGUUGGAUAUACAAUAUUUAAAUCAAUCUCAAUUUUUAUUAAAAAAAAACAAAUUCAGACAAACUAAACUAAACUAAACAUGUACAUUGCCUUCUUUUUUUUUUUAUAGAUACCAUAUAAAAAGAGCUAAUGAAAUUAGAAGUUAUUUAGUUCAUGACAUUUAUUACUAAUAUGGUACUCUUUGAGGUUAUGUACUUAUCUAUAUAAUACACUGACCUUUGUUAUUUAUCUACUGAACAUAACACUAUCAGUUUACUCUGCCUGCUCAAAUGUUUUCCUAUUUUUAGAUUUUCUUCCCUGGGUGUUAUCAUAUUGCAAGAUUACAAAAAAGAGUUUAUAGUCUAUCCUUUCCUGGGUGUUAUCAUAUUGAAAGAUUAUAAAAGAGUUUAGUUUAUCCUUCUCUGGAUGUUAUCAUAUUGCAAGAUUACAAAAGAGUUUAGACUAUGUAAACUUUUUUUUUUAUACAUUGUCCUUCCUAAGGUUGUUCAGCUAAGCUGGAUUCUGGCUUAAAGCAAAUGAAUGAGGAGUAGGGCUUUGUCUUUUUUUUUUUUAAAUUUUAAGUGUAGACAAUGCUUAUAUAUAUUCAAAUUCACAUUUUUGCUAGAUAUUUUGUUAAAAGCUGUUAUUAUGUAAAAAUUCAAUAAGCAGGUUAAUCAAAUUUGUAAAAAAAAAACCUACUAAGAGUUGCAAUACUGACCUAAUGAUUUGAUUUAAAAAAAAAAGAUUUGCUUGUUUAAGAACAGUCUUUUUUUUACCAAAUAUAUGUGAGUUAUUUAACAUUGAUAAAAGAAACUACGCAGAAAUGUCAUUUUUUUUUGUAAAAGAGCGUAGGUAAUGUUUUGUUAAGAGAAAUCUAAAGGUUUGCUACUUAUGUUUAUGAGAAAAAAAAGAUGGCAGUCAUUUCACACUAAUCUUUCUUUAUUAAUAACUGAAAGGCACGGACAACAAAAACAAAACAUAAAUUGAACAUCAUCAGACAACUGCUUCCUCUGCUAUUAAAUAUGUUGUCUUGUACUAUUCUGCAAUCUUCUAUAUUCCCAGAAUUCUAAUAUCUUUAACUCAUUUUUUGGUUUAAUUUUUAGUCACCAAACUAACACUGGUAAGUUUAAAUUAAAAACAACAACAAAAAACAAAACAGGAAUGCAGAGUAUUUUCAGAGUUAAGUUGUUCAAUCAAAGGUUUUGCUGUUGGGAGCUGAAACUAUAUUUACCCAGCUCUAAUAGUUACGUAACACAAGGGAUAGUAAAAUCAUUUUAUCACUGUAUUGACCAAAUAAACUGAUUAUUAUUCUUGGCCUUCAGACCUCUGCAGCCUUUCCAACAAACUGGAAUAAAUAAAUAAACUAGAUAGUGAGUACUGGUACAUAAUUCAUAAACAUAGGACCUGCAAGAGAGUUUGUGCACAUGUUCUUGUCUACACAUCCUAAUCCUCCCACACAAAUUAUUUCUUUCUGUUUCUUGUUAUUAUAUUUCUAUUUAUAAUUAGAUCUGGCUAGUUGUUCUUUUUCUAUUGCCACUUAGGAUCAUUUGAUGUUAGAGUGAUCAACUUACCACAGCACAUUAGGGCUCUCUAUCUACCUCCCUCAAAACUAAAAAAAAAGUUUAUAAUAUCCUUCCUAUAUUCACUGUGAUUAAUGUCGUUUUAAAAUUAAAGCAUACAGUUAUUCUUUUCUUGAAAAACCUCAUAAUUGUUGUCAUAAGUAGUUACUAGUACUCGGCAAAUAUGUAUGAAUAUGUAUGACAAUAUACAAUUAGGAACAUGUAAUAGCAGCCAAAGGUGUAUUGUCACAAAAAAAAAUUUUUCUUUUCUGAUUAUUCAGCAUAUUUUUAAAAAUAGAAAGUUGAAAAGCAUAACUACUGAGGUUUUACUUGUGUUGUCUUUAACUAGAUCUCUAUUUAGAAAAAUGUAAAAAAAAAAUAAUUAGUCUUCCAUUACAAAAUGUAAAAAAAAAAUAACUAAAAAGCCCAACUCAUUAAGUCUGUCUGAAAUCAAAGUUAAGAAAUUAUAAUAAUGCCAUCAACUGUUUAGGAAAAAGCAAAGCCAAAAGCAGAAUAAAAAUUUUACUUAUUUAGAUUUAUUUUCCAGCAAACUAUAUUUUGCUAAUGGAGCAGUGAGAAAAGAUAACCUCUAAAGUAAAAUGAUCAUGAUAGAAAAAAAUGUGUUGAAUGGUUUAGCAUAAUUUGAGCUUGAACUCUUUAGUAAGAUUGAACUUGUCAUAAUCUGAGUUAGCAUUAAUAACAAAACUACCUCUCAAUCUCGAGAGACAUCUCUAAUGAGAUGGUUUUCUGAGAUGAUCCAUUGUGAUGCUUAUAACAGAUGUGUAACAAAAGAGAAAAGACAAAUGUAAUAUCUAUAUUUGAUAUUCUAUGAAGUGUUGCUCCUACCUCCUGCUCUCAGUCUAAUGUAGCUUUUCAAGCAGAGCAUUUGUCAGCUUAGUAGUCAUGUCAGACAUUUCUGUUGAUCAAGCUUACAUUGAUACAUGAGCUCUGAUGUGCUGUGUGUAGCCUUUUUGUGUUGGUGUUAAUUAUACACUGUGUUUAAUACCAAUGUUAUGUAAUACCCCCACCCUUGCAACCCUUCUAUUUUGCCUUCAAUACUUUAUUCUUUUUUUUUUUUUUUCAAAAAAAAAAAAAAAAGAAGCCCUGAAAAUUCCAUUUUAAAAAUACUUAUAAAAAAAAAUAUUAGGGGCUUUGGUUUCUUCUAUUUAGCCUGUUUUGAACUGUGUGUAUUUUAUUUUAUAUAUUAUGUAUUUUUUUUUUAAAUAUUAUAUUAACACUCAUUAACUCAUUGUGGUAUUUAAAUGGUUUUCAUUUGUUUUUUUCACACUCAUUUCCUCUUGUCUUUGUAAUUCUCCAUUAAAGUUCUCAGGCUAAAA